AUUGUUUGCGAGAGAGCGGAGGGGCCGCAGAGCACGUAGAAGUAGAAGAUAAGAAAUACGUGACUGAUUUUGGAUACAGUUGUUGCAGUUGCUGUGCCCAGAUGGGGAAGAAAGGGAAGAAGAAAAAGAACGGGGGGCCGAGCGCCACGGGAGAAAAGAAAAUGACCUUUGCUGAAGCUCUCCUAGCUUACCAGAUCGAGAAGAGGGAAAGCGCCAUAGAGGAACUUAGGGCGGAGCUAAAGCAAAUAGAAGAUAAGAAUGCGAGAUAUAAGGAACGUAACGAGCGUCUGAAAGAGGAGCAGAUGGGUCACGUGAAGACUCUGCUAAGCGAGGCCAAGGCGCUGGAGAAGGAUAUGGCCAAUAAGGAGGAGAUCAGCAGGGAGCAAGUGGACGCGGCUCUCGGGGAGAAGUGGGUGCUCUGCCGGCAGAAGGAACGACUCCUCCAGGAGAUUGCCUCAAGGAUAAACCAGCUGGAGAAGGUGAUUGGGGAGAGCGAGGCCGAGAGGGAUUAUUGGGCCGAGUACCAGAACCUCGGGAGCAAGGAACACGCCAAACAGAUUUCUCUCCUGGAAGCGGAAAGAACCGACAUGAAGCAGAGCUGCAAUGAGAUCAAUGGGUAUUUCAGCAAAAACCUGGAGAUGGCGAAACUGCAAAUUGGGAAAGAAACGGAGAGGCUGAUAGAGCAGACGAAGGAUCUAGCCACACAGAAUGCAGUUAAAGACAUGGACGAGGAGAGCCGGAAAGAGAUCAGUGAAAACGACUGGUUAAAGAGAGAGGUUGCCAUAUACAGGAGAGAUGUUGAUGAUAUGAAGCAGGCAGUUCAUAGGCUGGAACAAGACAAUUUGGCGAGUGUAAAUCAGCUUUUCGAAUCCAGACUAAAGGAUCUGAAUAUAUCCAGGAAUACAUUUCUAACCCAGGUGUUGGGUAUGGAAGUUACAAGUGCUGCACCAUCAGAACAUGAUAUAUCAAAGCCACAGCAUGGCACAGAGUCCAGGAGCCCCACUCUGGCCCCUAUUGAGAAAAAACUGACCUAUCAGAAGCCUCCGUUAGACGCUGACCCCACAAGCCAAUGUGACCAUCUCUAUGAAGAUGAAAAGGACUUUCAGCAAUACUUACAGCUGGGCCCGCUGGAGCUGAAGCGGUUGCGCCUGGAGGGGCAGGUGAUGCCUAUACACCAGGAGGGGGCAGAAGCCACGAGCCAAGCACCCCUGGGUGAUCCAGUCGCUCACAAGAGACACAAAUGGCCGGUAACCCCAACAAAGAUGAGAUCUACAUUGGCAUAGCCAAGAGACUGUGUAGGAUAAAGGUUCCGUUGGGUUGGGCCGUAUUAGCGAAUGCGCCAGUCUGUACGGAGAUAUUCCAGAAAGUGACAGACAAUUCCAAGCAUUACGUGGGGCUCUGGAUUGGAGAGGGGGAGAUGGAAAAACAAAUAUGGAGAAGGCAAACCCAAGUACUGGCUAAAGUGAUGGAGGAGGGAGGGGCAGAAAGGAGGGCAAAAGCGUGGAAAGGCCAAUAAAUAUUAUUGUAGAGGGGCCCUGAAAAGAAACAUACGCAUUUUAAAUAAAAACAUGAAUUACUUCUUCGA